GAGCUAUGGCCGCCCGGAGAUGACGUCUCUCGUCGCGCGCGCCGACGACGCCAUGGAAGGCGAUAAGGCCGCGCGCUGCGACGCCGACGCGCGCCGCAUCGCCGACGCCGCCAUGGAAGGCGAUAAGGCCGCGCGCUGCGACGCCGACGCGCGCCGCAUCGCCGACGACUUCUGCGCGCGGCUGGCGGAGGCGUCGCGCGCCGGCGCGUCCGCCGUCGACGCCCUCGUGCUCGACCCGGCGCUGGCGGCGGCGCUGGCCGACGACAGCCUCGACGCGCUCGCGGCGCCCGUGCUCGACGCGGGCCUCGCCCGGAGCCUGCCCCUGCUCUCGGACGCGGCCGCCGCCGCCGUCGCCGCCGAGCUCUUCGGCGGCCCGCCGACCCCCUCCGCGGCGCCCGCGCGGGGCGCGCUGCCGGACGCGGCGCGGCCCGCCACGUCGGCCGUCGCCGGCGCGCUCCGGGACCGCGCGCUGCCGGCGCUCGGCCGGCUCUUCUCCGCCGCGCCGCUCGCGCCGCGCGGCCGCGCCUACACGCUUCGCUACGCGGCGCGCGCGCCCGCGGCCGACGGCGGCCGCGUGCACCGCAUGCACCAGGACGACAGCGACCUGACCCUCGCCGUCGCCGUCGGCGGGCCCUGGCGGGGCGCGGACCUCACGUACGCGCGCGACGCGGCGGGCCGCCCGGGCACGCCGGAGCCGGGCGGCCGCGGCGUCGAGGCCGCGACGCACGCGCACGCGCCGGGCCGCGGCGUCGUCCACGUCGGCGACGCCUACCACCGCGUCGAGCCCCUCGCGAGCGGCGCGCGCGGCACGCUCGUCCUCAUGAGCAUGCGCGACGACGCGGCCUGGAAGCGGCGCUACUACGACGACGACGGGGACGCCGCGGCCCUCUCCCCCUUCCGCGGGUUGAAGGGUUCGCUCGGCAAGCGGGACCGGAGUUCCUUCAUCUCGCCCAAGGCGGCGGCCCCGGCGGCCGCGCCGCCGAAGACCCGGGGCCUCUUCGGCCGGCAAGGCGCGCGCGCGGCGCGGCCGCCGCGCCGCGCCGAGCUCGACGCGUCGACCGUGCUGCGCGCGGCGGCCGAGGCGACGCCCCCCCCCUCCGCCGACGAGCAGCUCGCGCUCCGGGCGACGCUCGCGGCCCUGCGCCACGAGCUCGACGCGCUCAGGGUGGCCUACCGGGAUCUGGAGGGCGCGCACGCGGCCACGCGCCGGGAACUGGCGCGCGCGCGCGCGAACGUCACGGCCCUCGCCGCCGACGCGGCCAAGGCCGAGCGGCUCAAGCGGCGCAUGCAGAUCGAGGUGCACCAGCUGCGCGACGUCGCGCAGACGGCGACGACGAAGGCGCUCCGCGCGGACGCGGACGCGAAGCGCCUAGCGAGCCGGCGGCCCGCGACGCGCCCGGCGCCGGCGCCGGCGCCCGCCCCGCUCGAGGAGGCGCCGGGGGCGCUGACGCCCGAGGCGCGCGCGGCGCGGAUCCGCGAGCGGACGCUCGCGGCGGCGAUGGAGGCGCCGGAGCCGCCGGGCGCGCCGACGCCCCUCGAGCGCGCCGCGCGGCUCCGGGAGCGGACGCUCGCGGCGGCGGCAGAAUUACCAGAGCAGCUGUCGCAGGAGGAGCGCGCCGCGCGGCUCCGGGAGCGGAGCCUGCGGAGCCGCGAGGCCAAGGCCCGCGCGCUCGGCGGCCGCGCGCCGCGGCGGCCCGCGGCGAUCACGGGGUCGUUCCAGCGCGGCAUGACCGCCGAGGAGGUGCGCACGCCCGCGCCCAUCCUCGAGUCGCUCCACGCCGCGCCGCGCGCGGCCGCGCGCCGCGCGGCGCCCGCGCCGCCCGCGCCGCGGCCGUCGACGAUCGUCCAGCGCCGCCCGAUCCGGCCCGGCGGCGCCCGGCCCUUCGACUCGCUGCCCACGAAGCUCGCCCGCGGCUCGACGCUCUACCAGCAGCUGCAGAUGGAGGCCGCGCGCGGCCGCGGCCUCGCGCGCGCCGAGCCCGCCGAGGCCCGGCGCGCGCGGCCGGGCCUGCUGCUCCCCUUCGAGUCCGACGUCUGGGGCUUCACGCCGGACCCGCCCAAGGCGCCGCCGCGCCGGCCGGCGCCGCGGACCGCGACGAUCCUCGCGCGCAUGGGCGGCGCCUCCGAGGUCUACCGCGAGGCCCAGCUCCGCCACGUCGCGGCGCGCAAGGCGGCGCCGCGCGCGGCGCGCAACGAGCCCGACGCCGCCGACGCCUACGACCCGCGGGGCAUCGACGUGUCCAACAGCGACGACCUGCUCUCGGAGGCGGCGCAGCUGCGCGCCGAGAUCUCGGCCCUCGAGGCCGGCGCCGCCACGGCCGCGCCGCCGCCGGUCGUCGCGGCCGUCGCAGCCUCUGCUUCCGAGUUCGCGCCCGCCGCGGCGACGCGCGACGCGUUCCUCGCGACGCUCGGCAGCUUGAAGGCCGACGGCAAGGCGCCGGCGUGGGCGUCGCGGGAGCUCGUGGCCGCGGGCGCCGAGGUGCCGACGGAGGCGCGCGUGCGCGCCGCGACGGGCAUCAACGGCGCCAAGGACCUCCUCGCGCAGGAGGAGGUCGGCAACGACGAACUGUUGCAGAUCACGGCGUUCGUCUUCGUGACGUCGGCGAUCCUCGCGGUCGGCAGCGGCGCGCUGAUCGGCGGCAACCUCGGCGCGGCUUUCACGUAUAUCUUCGCCGUGCUGCCCAUCAUCUUUCUAGGGGUGGGCAGUUCGAGCCCCGGCGUGAUUCUCGCCGUCUACGGCGCGACGAAGCAGGCGAAGGAGAACACGGCGCCGCGGCGCCGCCGCCACGAGGCCGCGCACCUGGUUGCCGGCUACGCGUUAGGCCUGCCCGUCGCCGCCUACGCCGACGACGCCGUCGAGUUCUACGACGGCCCGGGCCCGAAGAGCCGCGACGACGCGGAACGCCUCGCGUGCGUCGCGCUCGCCGGCGCCGUGGCGGAAUGCGACGCGUUCGGCGAGGCCAAGGGCGCCCAGGACGACUUCGCGAACCUCCAGCGCCUCUUCGACCGCGUCGAGCCGCGCCUCACGCCCGCGGAGCAGCAGGCGGCGACGCGGCGCGGCGUGCUCAACGCCUACAGCGUCCUCUUCGGGAGCCGCGCGCGGCGGGACGCGUCCCUCGUCGACGCCGCGGACGACGCCAUGGCGGCGGGCGCGUCGCUCCCGGAGCUCCUCGCCGCCGUCGAGGCCGCGGCCGCGGCCAAGUGAGACGCGCUAAGCAACUUAGGCGAG